AUGCACAUAGUUGCUUUAGCAUUAAAGGCAGUUGGAAUCAACGUUGAUAAACUCACUUUGUCAGCAAGCUCUCUUUACGGAUCUAGAAAAGCUAUACGACAAUCUAUCGGAAAAACUAUAAAAAACACAUUUUUGCCUAACACACCUCUUGUGGCUCACUUUGAUGGAAAACUUUUACCUGAUUUUGAUGGUGUAAACAUAGAUCGUCUGCCAAUUGUGGUAUCAGGGAAAAAUGUAGAAAAACUGAUAGCUAUACCAAAAGUUGGCGGUACUGGCAUAAACAUAGGAACCACAAUAGUUCAGUUACUUCAGAAUUGGGAAGGCGUGUCAAAUUGGUUGGCUGGUUUGUGUUUUGACACAACAAGUUGGUGUCCGGAAAAUUCAUCGUGGAAAAUUCAUCGUGGCAAAUUCAUCGUGGGAAAAUUCAUCGUUAGGGAAAAUUCAACGUGGGAAAAUUCAUCGUGGGAAAAUUCAUCGUGGGGGGAAAUUCAUCGUGGGAAAAUUUAUCGUGGAAAAUUCAUCGCGGGAAAAUUUAUCGUGGGGUAA